CCACCGCCCAAACAUCUUCCCCUCGUCGCCACUCGCCGUAGAAAGCGCUCCAGGAUAUCCAAUCGGCAAGAAGGCGGAAACACCUGCUGAUAUUCUGGAGUCGCUCUUGCCCCCGCACCCCGCUGCACCUCCACUCGAUUCAACAUGGCCCUCACUUCUGCCGAUCAGAAGCCCGCGCGCCGCCCUGUCCCGCGCAUUGUGCCCGCUAUUCCCCACCGUCUCUCGCGUACUAUCCCCUCUGCGAGGCCCAUCACGCCCGAGGAAUCCAACAAGGGCGUGGCCGCCGCGCCGCCGGAGCAGCAAGCACCGGAGCCGCAGGCCGUGGUGGAGAAGCAGGUCGAAGCGCCUUCAGCCGCUGUGCAGAUUCCGCUCACGCCCGACUCCAGGACAUCUGCCGCAGACAAGAGCGAAGAGGAGGCGCCCGUGCUGGCCAGCUCUCCGCCAAACUCGCAAGACGACCAUGUGGAAACGCGGGAUGAUACCCAAGCCUCCAGCGCAAAUGGUCAGACGAAUGUGACAAAAGAUGCGCCCUCUCCCCCCACCUCACGCGCCCAAGCCAAACCAGUCACGAACGGGGUGCAUAGCAAGCCGGCCAUCCCGACCCAACUGCCACCGCCCUUCUACCCUUCCACCACACCGACUGUUGAGGACAAUGAUGCAGCUCAUACCCAGUACCAUGACCAGCCAAACAAAGACGGUAUUAUGUUUGGCGCUGUCCAGGGAACACCAACUGCGUCUGCGACCCCGCAUGAGAUGGAGUCUGGCGCACAGCAGUCUAUGCCUCGCCCUCCUCCCGGUUUUGCUCCCCCGCAAUUUACUCCCACAUUCUUCCCUGGUCAUUCUCAUCACCCGUCAGAGGCUGCAUCUUCCUGGCUCCAUCCGCCGUACCCGAUGGCCCCUCCAGACCCUGCCUAUGGCAACGGCCACGGAGGGGACUUCCAAUCGCCUUCUUUCUCAGCUGGCCCGAAUGCAUUCCCGCAUCUGCAUCAAGACCACUUCCCGCUUGAAGGUACCCCCUUUGCCAUCAACGGAAACACCGCACACUCUCAGUCGCCUAGCAAGUCGCAAUUCGGAGAGGCAAGGAUUUCUUCAGAAUACGAAGAGCACCAUGCGGUGCCCUACCAGAACGGCGUUUCUGCUCGCACUGAACGACUCGAAGAGUCGCCAUUCGAACUCGCCUCUUAUCUGUCAACGCAGUUUGGCAACCCUGAAUUUGCCGACUUCAUCCUACAGAUUCGAUCGCCCGAGUCCAUGCUAAUCUCCAUACCUGUUCAUGGUAUCGUAGUAGCGCGCAGUCCAGUCAUCUCCGAAGCUAUUCGUCGUAGUGUUCCUCCCUCUCAUCGCUCGAGGGAUACGCGCCGGUUGCUUGACGUGUCCACCUCGGACCCUCUUAUCACCCGCGAAUCCUUGGAAGAGGCCAUCAGAGUGCUGUAUGGUGCACCGUUCCUUUCCGAUCAAACUUUCUUGUAUGGACUGGGGCCAUAUAUACCUGAGGGCGACUACGCGUCCUCUUCUGAUGAUGCCCGGAGGCGCAUGGGUCAGCUUCUGAGUUACAUCGCAGCCGGGCACGUGCUGCAAAUGCUCAGCAUGCAGGCAAGGGGUGUCGAGAUUGCAAAAUCGCUCUUGCGAUGGGACACUCUCGAUCAAGUGUUACACUUCGGUCUGCAGCGAGCUAGGCCGACUGUUCGAUCAGGCGCUGUUGGACCAGAAGUCAGGGACCCCUUCGCAACCAUUCUGCUCAACCAUGCCAUUGAUUUCAUGGCGUACAACUUCCCGGUUGACUUCAACUUGUACACAAUCGCACCAGAGCUACGCGACGACCCACGUCUGCCAAGUCUUCUUGACGCGCGAACGCCUUCACACAACCCGCGCUUGAGCAAGAUCCAAUUUGGCGACGCCCCUCCUGAGCUUGACGCAACGCCAGCCCAUGCUUCCCAAAUGCUCUCUACGGUCCUUUUGUCACUACCUCUUCCUCUUCUCGAGCGCAUCUUCAACCACCGUGCGACCGCCAACCAGAUCGGCUGGACUGGAACUGCAAAGGUCAUGCGAGAUGUCAUUGAUGAGCGUGAAGGCCGUCGCCAGAAAGCACUACGAGGUCAGCUGCAGCCGUCACAAGAUGGCACAAUUCCGGGUGCCCUGUUGGACAACUUGUAUCUCGAGGAACAUGUCGAGCGUGUUGAAGCAUCUCCUCUUUAUCCUUCUGGUUACAGACUUUCAGCUAUGCGUCCAGUUGGACAGGUUUAGGCUACCUUUCUUGGAACGGAGAAUUUUCGAAGGUAUGUGUUGCCCCGGAUCUAUGGCGUGUUGGAUUGGUCUUUGACAAAAGGUUUCGGCGGUUUCGAAUCGCAUAAAAUUCUGGUUGGAUGCUCUUCAGGGUGUACAGCAUAGCGAGCAUCAUGGCGUUGCUUACAGGCGUUCUCUCACGACUUUCCUCUUCAUAUGGCUACCCUCUCGGUUCCUAAAAGUACGAAACGAUGCUAUGAUGCAUGUUUCCCACAAAAUCACGACGGCAUGAGGUGGACUCGUUCUGCUUUGUAUAUCACCCACGACAUGUUUUUCUUUCGUUUUUUUCCCUUCCUCUGUCUACAAAAAGGUGAUACCCGAGUCUGGCUCGCCUGUAACUACCCUUGUCUCUCAAUCUUCUUCUUUGCUUGGAGUUGCAUAUAGGUAGAUCAUGCUGAAAGGCGGAAAAUUGACAUUCCAUCAAGUCCGGAGUUGGGCGCACCUGCACCUUG